AUGAAUGGUAGUCCGAGUCUUCAACACCAACAUGAGGUAAAUGGUAUUUACUCGCGAGAUGAGGUCGCACUUCACAACCUGGCUGGUAACCUUUGGGUUGUCAUCGAUCAGGAUGUAUAUGACCUGUCCAGCUUUAAGGAUGAACAUCCUGGCGGAGCGAAGAUACUUCUGGGGGUGGCAGGGAAGGAUGCAUCCAAAAAGUUUCACAAAUAUCAUCGAAUAGCUGUUCUAAACAGGUACAAAGAAAGACUCCAGGUGGGAACCUUGGAUUCUACUUUAGGGGCUUCCAGGACUAAGGGCCGUUCUCUCAAGUUGUUAUUUCAAACCAAAAAAACCCAAUCACCAACAUCUAGCGCGGGCGUAUCUAGAGACACUCGCACGUAG